AUGCCAUCAUUAUCAUCAUCAUCUGAGCUUUUACCACCCUUGGAAACAAUAACACCAUAUGACAGAGGCCCAGCAAUCACAAUUGUGGCCUUUGUCUUUUUCUUCGUGACUUUAAUCAUCGUUGCCGUCAAACUUGGAACUGCCUUGUACUCGAAGACUGUGCUCUUAAGCACAGAUGCACCUCUUUGGAUCGCCUUAAUUGUUGCCUUUAUUCAAAGUCUCCUUACCCAGUUUGCAGUAGACCAUGGGCUUGGAAAGCAUUCAUCUUCUCUUUCCACUGCUGACUUCUCCAAGUACAACAAGCUCACCUAUGCUGCUCAAUUACUCCUGAUUCCAGUUCUUUCACUCUCAAAAGUGUCCACCUGUCGACUGAUUCACAGGCUGACACCCGGUCAGCGCAUCAGACGAGCCAACCUGAUUACCAUGAUAGCUGUCGGUCUAUGGACUGUGUUUGCACUUUUUGCUACGGCUCUUCAGUGCCGACCGCACUGGGAGUAUCUACCAAGCCAUUGCGUCGGGAAGGGCGCCGUCAACUAUCCAAUAAUUCUUAUCAACAUAGUCACAGACUUGGCACUGGUGGUAAUUCCACUGAUUAUGAUUUGGAGCGUGCAAAUGACAUUGCAGAAGCGUCUUCAAAUAAUUGCUUCAUUUUCCUCAAGACUUGUCGUGGUGGCAGUCAGUAUCACUGAACUUGUGUAUCUCCCGAUAUAUUUGCAAUCAUCUGAUCCGACAUCUAAUGUUGAAUAUCGCAGGCUUACGACGUAUCUCAGCAUCAUAGCAGCUUGCAUGCCUUCGGUCUAUCGCAUCUUGAGCAAUUUAAGAUCAGGGUUAAAUGGCGUCCAUCUGUCAGAGAUCGAACUUAGCACCACUCAAGGAGCCACAGGAUCCAGAACCGAAUCUGGGAAUCAGGGUGGUUCCAGCUCCCGGGCAAAAAGACGCUCUGCUUUCUUUCCAGGCUUUCGAGCUACCGAGUUGUUCUCUAGAUAUGAUACGACGCAAAGCGGGUUGUGUACCAUACAAGAUGAUGCAACUCGCAGAAACAGGGAUGAAACAGAGAGCACGGAAAGCACUAGAGGGCUAACAGAGGAUCAGCCACCGAAGUCAAUGACAUUCAAUCAUAAUGGAUGUGCAUGUUGGCAAGGAAAGAGAAAUGCUAGCAAAUACCAAUGGGCGAGUGAGCAUCGGUUUGAAGCUUAUGUGCACUACGAGCACACAAUGAGCACAUCUUUUGCCUCUUACUUUGAUCACAGCUCGCUUGGAAAAUUGGCUAAAAAGUUGAUCUAUCGUAGUAAAACCACCAGACAAUAUCAAGUUUACACCAUUACAUAG